AAGUUGUUUUAACUCGAGGAUGUAAAUAUGGAAUGCCCCAUCAUUUCUCGGAUUCAGAAAGUCAUUCUCUAUGAAACAAAAGCAAGGUUCUAUGUUGUGGGUUCCAACAAGACAGAAACAUGUUAUCGUGUCUUAAAAGUGGACAGGACAGAGCCAAGAGAACUGGUCAUUCAGGAUGACAAGGCGGAAUAUUCAAUGGUCCAGAUCCGUAAUUUACUGACAAUGAUUAAACAUGGAAACAUUAACAAGGACUCUAAGCUCAAAGCUGGAGACUCACCUCUCGCCAAGUCAGUCUCCGCUUUUGGUAUAUUUGGUUUCGUGCGAUUUCUAGAAGGAUACUACAUCGUGUUGAUAACAAAGCGUCGGAAGGCAGCAGUACUAGGCCCACACAUCAUUUAUAAGAUUGAAGAUACAGCCAUGAUUUACAUCCCAAACGAUAACAUGCGCUCGUCUAGUUAUAGCUACUCAGAGGAACAAAGAUAUUUGAAGAUGUUUCAGAGCAUUGACCUCUCAAGCAAUUUUUACUUCAGUUAUAGCUACGAUCUGACCCACACACUUCAAUAUAAUAUGACCACUGUGAUCGACCCCGUAACCUUAGGUCAACCAGAUUGUAGUGAAUCUACGCCGCCCUUGAAGGUAUGGGGACAGUCUGGGUCAGAAUCAGGUCAAACUUCAGCAGUAGAAGAGAAGGGCCCCCCUGGCACUGAGCAGUCUUCCAAGACAACAGUCACAGUUAAAAAACAUGUGGUCUGUGGUGUGCGUGCUGUACCAGAGGAGAAAUAUGUUUGGAAUCACUUCCUUCAGCGAAACUGUAAAGACACAAUCCAUAGAGACUGGAUCAUCCUUGUCACACAUGGUUUUGUAGAUCAGCGAAAUAUUUGUGUUUAUGGCAAACCUUUAUACCUGACCUUGAUUGCCAGAAGGUCAAACCAAUUUGCUGGAACAAGAUUUUUAAAAAGAGGAGCUAAUUGCAUGGGAGAAGUAGCCAAUGAGGUGGAGACAGAACAGAUCCUCCAUGAUGCUUCCAUCACUUUCCUAGAGAGAGCUAACAUCACAUCAUUUGUCCAGAUGAGGGGCUCUGUGCCCCUCUACUGGUCACAGGAUGUGUCCAAGAUGGUCCCCAAACCACCAAUCAUGAUUGACCAGAUAGACCCCUACGCUGGUGUAGCAGGCAGACAUUUUAAUGAGGUACUGAAACGGUACGGAGCCCCUGUAAUUGUCCUCAAUCUAGUCAAGAAAAAGGAGAAGAAGCGACAUGAGAGCAUCCUCACAGGAGAAUAUAAGAAGGCUGUCAAUUAUCUCAACCAGUUCCUGCCUCCAGAACAUGCACUCAAAUACAUCAGUUUUGACAUGGCUCACAUUAGUAAAAAUAAGGAUGUGCUGCAACGGAUGGUGAGCUUAGCAGGGAAGUGUGUGAAGCUGUGUGGAUUGUUUGUACACAAGUCUAAGAAGGUUGGAGACGAGUUCUGGCAAUCUAGUAGUUUGCGAGGAUUACGAGGGCUAAAGACAGAAUAUGGCAGUAAACAGACUGGUGUGGCCCGCACCAACUGUGUGGAUUGUCUUGACAGGACCAACACAGCACAGUUUGCCCUUGGAAAAUAUGCCCUAGCUUAUCAGCUUUACAUUCUGGGAGUUUUGAAAGAACCUAAGUUAGAAUUUGAUACAAUCUGUACGAGAAUGUUAGAACAAUUAUAUGAGGACCAGGGAGACACAAUAGCUUUACAGUAUGGAGGCUCUCAACUUGUCCAUCGGAUCGAGGGCUAUCGGAAAACAGCUCCAUGGACUUCUCAUUCCAAAGACAUAAUGAACACUAUUUCUCGUUAUUAUAGCAAUACAUUUGCAGAUCUUGAAAAACAGCAGGCCACCAAUGUUUUCCUUGGUGUGUUUGAGCCAGUGGAAGGGAAACCAAACAUCUGGGAAUUACCAACAGAUUUCUAUCUCCACAAUAAAGAUUUUGGGGCCAAACUCACUCGGAUAAGAAGGAGUUACUCUCAGUGGUGGGAGAUGCCAGUUUACAGAAGUUUACCAUUGCCAUGGAAACAAGCGUCCAAACCAAAGACAUGUGAGAUAGAGCAUGUGGAUGCGAUGGAGGAAAAGGUGAACCUGUUCGAGGAAUACUACCGUACAACAGAACUCACGUUCUUCCAAGAUAUCUUCACACAUUCCCUCUAUCCUACAUUCUCCAAGGAUGUAAAGCCUCGGACAGCCAAGGUAGAGAGUCCCUUCACCAGGAGAGUUCAGCCUGACAGAGAGAAUGCUGUCCAGGAAGCUAACCCCAAUAUCAGUGGGAAAGACUCCACUUCUUCCACCACCUCAACAGGAUCCGAGUCAAGUGAAAGCAGUUCUGACGAGGUGGAGUUACUCAACAUUGAUAUCUCCAGCUCGCAGUCUGACUCCUCUGCUGACUGUGAUGAUAUUCUAGAGGGAUCUCGUAAGCUGCAGGAGAAGCUCGGACAGGAUACAAAAAGUGACUAUGGGAUCGAUCUGGGAGAACCACGCACAUAUGACAUGAAUAAGUAUAAAAGAUAUGUAAAUCUUGGUCGUGCAUGCUUGAGCAAAGCAGACCUGCUGGACACUGGCUACUGGAACAGGGACUGGACCAGUCAGUGUAACAGAGUUAUGGACAUAGACGUUGCCAGUGUGUUCAAGCUGGGAAGUAGUUAUGAAGUGGAACCACCACCAGUGAACAAACAAGAUCAGCUGCUGUAUCAGAAAUAUGUCAUGUGUGGAAAGAAGGGUGCAACAAAUCCUUCAAAGGACCAACUGCGAUUUUACAAACGUUACAUUUCCAAGAAUUUGCGAUGAACCAGUCUUCAAAAAUUCUUCAUAAUCACACUGCCAAGAUUUUCAUCAAAAUUCAAUACACUCAAAUUACAGAAAAAUGGGAUUCAUUAUAUACAGCAAACAGGUAUAUUUACCAUAUUAGGUAAUAAGGUGAUUGUUAAUUGUUAGAUUUUUUCAUUCCAUCAUUUUUUCACAAACCAUAAAUGUUUGCAAAACUAUUUUAAGAAAUUUAACUCAUCAUUUGAUUUCUGAAAUAUAUUUAAAACUUUCAGUUUAGAAAUUCUAGCACUUGAGCUUGAGGACUAGAACUGCAUCAGAUUUGAUAGAAGAUAUCCAUACCUUCAUGAUAAUAAUGUUCAGUUGCAGAUCUAAGUUCGGAGAGAGGAUGGACAAUUUAAAUCUAAAUUGGAAAUAAGAGGCAUUUUUUCUGUCAAAAUAAGAAUUACGUGCUAUGUGUUUUUUUCCACAUGUACUUCUUGGUCACUUUAAGCUAAGUGAAGCAUCUCUGUGAUUUAGUGAUGUCAUCAGAAAUGGAAAUUCAGUCACAUAUCCGAUACUCAUGUCAAUCAUUUCAGGUGAGCGAAUUUGAGGUCGGAUUUGUGGAUAUUUCAAAGAAAAUUACUGGUUUUUCACCGGUGAGUUUUUCUGUAGAUCUUAGAGUAUGAACACAUUUCAAGCCUUCUAUGUACUUGUUUGGUGACAGGUCAUCAACAUAGCAUAGCUAGCGAAAAAUUAUUCUCAAGGGGUCCGAAACUAAUGUGCCAAGGACAUGCUGAUCAAGAGCAAAAUCAUUUGAUAAGGUGACCGAAAGUGUUUUCUUAUUUAAUUUAAGCAUUUUUAUUCAUCUGUACAUUCUAUUUGAUCUCAACAUUAUAAUUCAUCAAAACAAUAUGUGUUCAAGUUUCAUACAAAUAUUUGUGGACCAAAAUAUUUGCUUGUUUGAUUUAUAAAAUAUAUGAACUAUUGUUGCUAUUCUAUGUCCGGUAAGUGAUGAUAUAGUUAAUCAUUCUGAUUGACAGAUAAUUGCCAAUGGUAGCGUUUUCUUGUCAUAUGUAAUUGUUUAAUUCCAGCUUAUUGCCAAAUUUCAGCUAAUUGUUUCUUGUGUUCAUCAUUGGGUGUACAUCCUUUUUGAUACAAAUAACUAAAAUGAACAUAACUAGUAUUCUGUUAUUAAUGAGAAUGAUAUCUACUAUAGAAACCAAGUAUUAAAAUUGUUUGAUGUUCAUCUUCAGAAAGAAGGAUAUAACUAAUCUGCCCAACUACCAAGUUCAAAUAUUUUUUUUUAUUUCUUUCCUACUGAUCAAAUCCAUGAAUGUCAACAACCCCAAUAAAGGUUUUCCUUUCAAAAUAUACUUUUCAUAUUUGAUUUUACGUGUAUAAUGAUAAAAUUUGAAUUUUUACGAUGAAAUAUAUGCAUUUGAUAUGUUAAAGUAUAGCUUAAUACUUCAGAUUUUUAUGGAGUAAUACAUAAACACUCCUAAUUUUUCAUGUCAGCAUGUCUUUUGUUAGGACAGAUGUUUCCUCAUAGAUUGCUGAUAUGUUGACUGAAUAUAUGCCAUGUUGUACCAAUAAUUUAUUGUGUUGAGGGUUAAACAGAAUGAACUGUUAACUGAUACAAAAUAUAUAUUAUUAUGAUAUUAUUUAUAAAACUCCAAUCAAACAUUUUGACAGGCCACAGUAUGAUUCAGCAUUGUUCCUCUGUCUGUCAUAAAGUUUUAUUUGUAUGCAGAUCUCCUCCAAUGGUUAGACUUAAUCACCAGGACAUCAAGUUUGUUUUUAAAACUGCAGUUUGAUUCAAUUGUAUUUAGAAGAGUUUUGAUCCUUGUUUUAGGUCAUACAUAAUGUUGUUCAGAGAUCUCACUCAAUCAUUUUUCAAAUUUGAUUAUGAUUAGUUUUUAGAGGAGUUAUUGCCCUUUGAUUUUAGUUUUUCAGUUUUCAACCAGUUUAUUUGAAACUUAGAGGGUUUUAUUACAAUGGCAUGAAAAUGUAGUUUUGACUGGCAUUUGGCCUUGGGAAACAUCUCAAUGGAAUGCUUCCAACACUUCUCUGAAAUAGUUUUGCUAUUUACUGAUAUGUCAUGAAAGUACUGUAUAAUGGCUUUGGUAUUGAUAAAUGAUGUGUAACUAAAUUAUUGAAAGGGAUCAGUGCAAUGUGAUUAUUUAAUAUCUAAAUGUUACAUAUUCCUGUAUAUUAAAACCCAAAUGGGUGCUCUGCUGAUAGUGAAA